AUGGCGGCACAGGCCUCGCGUCGCUUCCACGAGGCUGGCGUAGGAUCGCGCACCGGUCUGCGGCUUUCGGCAGUCGGCAGAGAUCAGGAUGGAUUCGAAGACUUGGAAGCCUUCUACAAGGCGAGUCGGGCCGCGUUAGAACAGCAGCCGCCCGAUCAAAGCGAGCAACGCGAUGAUGACGAUGACGAUGACGAUGACUACGACUCUUUCGACGAGACGCGCUUCAGUCGACGUUCCAACGCUGGCGGCGUCAAUGGACGCAAUCGAGCCGCUGCGUCGAGCAGCAGCACAAUGGACAUCCAGAAUAGCUCAGCGCCUUCACCUAGAUCGGUGAUGCGAUCCGCAAGAGCGUCCGCAGCCGCAGCUGCGAACAGCGCGCCAGUUCGCAAUGGACGAGCGCGUGCCAACAUCACGCUGGCAGAUGAUGACGAUGACGAGGACCUUGAUCUACCAAAUCUGUCGACUGGGUCGAGGAGCUUCGACCUGGGAGCGGUAGGGAACGUGGACGAUGCAGCAGACGACGCCUGGCCUUCGCGUGCACCGCCAACUCCCAGCAUUCCAGAACGAGGGCUUUCGGCUCGCAAAGCCGCGACACUGCCAUCACCGAAAGCAAAGGGCAAAGGCAAAGAAACAACAAUAGCAGCAGCACGCAGGGUGGACCUCUCGGAUUCAGAAGACGACCGCAUCCUGGCCAGCAUCCAGCACCGUCUCGAAUCUGCACACGACGAUGACGGUGACGACCAAGAUUUCGGGGCAUUGAGCGACUACGACAUUGUUCCGGUGCGGCCUUCGCCUGCCAAAACGGCGGCGGUGACCACGGUAAAAUUUCCCGUAUCUCAUCCCAAAUCCCCUAAAGGAACAUCUGCAUCGCAAAAAAGGACAGAACAGAGGCAUGCGAUACCCGCUCCAGUAGCACCGUCACCGAAACGCAAGCGAGCACGACCACCACAGAGUCCCGAUGUUGAGCCGGAGCUUGACGAGCCGUACGGACCCAACUACGACGAGCCAGAGCCACAGUACUUUCCUCCGCCAUCUCCCACACCGCCUCCCGCUGCACUCGAGCAACCCAAGCGGAAACGUGGAAGACCUGCCAAGAACGCACCUGCUGAGAAAGCCAGAUCAUUAUCGACUGCAAAUAAGCGCGGGCGUCCAGCUGCAAGUGAAUCCAAGUCCAAGUCCAAGCCAGCACGAGGUGAAGUGGUGGAGCGGGUGCGGUCCCAACCACGCGAAGCGACCGUGUUCGACGAGAAUGGAGUGCGCAGAAGCACACGGCAACGCUUUGCGCCGCUCGAGUACUGGCGUGGAGAGCGUAUCCGGUAUGGGCGCCCCAGUCUGCCGACUGGAACGACGGUAGAUGACCUACGUCGCUCGCACCGUCCCGGCGAGGACGAGUUCGAAGAUGAUCCGUCCAUGAUGCUGAUGCGCAAGCGCGUGCCCGUGCUGGAUGUGAAGGAAGUCAUUCGCGUCCCGCGCGCACCUGGCGAAGGCACAUUCGCAGGCACCACACGCGCGCGUGUCCACGCCACCGCUCAGCGUCGCAAAGUAGACCGCAAGAGUGAGGAUCGUACACCACGCCUGACCUCGCAAACGCCCGAUCCGGGAGACGCAGAGUGGAUACAGCUCGAUCCGACGGCGGACACAGUGAACGUCGAAGACGGCUGGGACGACAGGACCGUCGAAACGGGCGUUGUGAUCGACGACGACGGAGGGCAUGAGGUGGAGAUGAGCGUGGUGCGUACCAGGGCGUCUCUGCGCCCUGUGGUUGCUGCCAAUCAGGAGUUUCGGUUCGAGAAACUGUUCAACUGCGGAGGGGUCAUGGCGACGGGUGUGCUCGAACUGCCACCAGGAUCGCGCAAGCCGACAAAACCGAGCAAGGACAACAGCUUUGUGUUUUGCGUCCUCCAAGGUGCGCUGCGUGCCACAGUGCAUCGGAAGAGCUUCAUCGUCGGCCCGCAGGGGAUCUUUCAGGUGCCGGCAGGUAACACGUACUCGCUGGAAAACAUUUGUCGACGCGACGUGCAUCUGUUCUUUGCGCAGUGUCGCAAGACCAAGAAGGCCAACGCUGGGGAUCUGACGACGUUUACGCAAAUGUCGGACACAAGCUAUGGCACGCCUGGCUUGGCAGCAGGGACGAGACAGCCGGUGCUAGCAGGGCUUGGUGGGCAAAGGUAUGCGGGCGGUGGUGCGAGCGAACAUUCAGAGGAGGAGGAGGAGGAGGCGGCGGCGGAGAGCGAAGCGAUCACAAGGCGUGCUAUGGCAGUCGAAAAGCCUCGGAACAAUGCUUCCAAAGGAGGGCCAGCGACGGUGCGCCAACCAGCAUUGACCGCAGACAGCGAUGCAGAGGACAGCGAAGAGGACGACUUUGAGACGAGUCGCCAGAUCAAGACCAAGACCAAGAAGCGCGUCUUUCGUAGGCUAUAG